CGGAAGCGGAAGUGGCGCGGGGCCGCCGCCGUGGUGCCCGCGAUGCUGUCGCUGGACUUUCUGGACGAUGUGCGGCGCAUGAACAAGCGGCAGCUCUACUACCAGGUGCUGAACUUCGGCAUGAUCGUCUCGUCCGCCCUCAUGAUCUGGAAGGGGCUGAUGGUGGUGACGGGCAGCGAGAGCCCCAUCGUGGUGGUGCUGAGUGGAAGCAUGGAGCCUGCAUUUCACAGAGGAGAUCUCCUGUUCCUAACAAACCGCAUUGAAGAUCCAAUCAGAGUGGGAGAAAUUGUGGUCUUUAGGAUAGAAGGAAGGGAAAUUCCUAUAGUCCAUCGUGUUCUGAAAAUUCACGAGAAGCAAAACGGUGACAUCAAAUUUUUGACAAAGGGAGACAACAAUGCUGUGGAUGACAGAGGGCUGUACAAACGAGGGCAGCACUGGCUGGAGAAAAAGGAUGUAGUAGGACGAGCAAGAGGGUUUGUGCCCUACAUUGGAAUAGUGACCAUCUUAAUGAAUGAUUACCCAAAAUUUAAGUAUGCAGUCCUCUUUCUACUGGGUUUGUUUGUGCUGGUCCAUCGAGAGUAGCCUGCUGCACUGAAGAACGCAGUGAAGAUUCCAUGGGCUGUGUAGGUGAACGUUUUAAGUAGAAGAUGAUGGUCCGAUGUGCCGGGAGGAAGAAGAAAACGUACAUUUCAAAGCUUCUUGCCAGUUUGGGUUUGUUUUGUUUUUUACUGCCUAAGGGCGAAUGUUUGUCACAGUAUUUCCAAUGGUUUGUCACAUUUUAGCAUUUUUAGUGAGGUUUUUUAUAUUAAAACUUUAAGCCAAACUGUUCAGUGUUUGUACUUGAAGCUGAGCUUCCUCUCCAAGUGCCUACAGGACUGCGUCCUUUAAGCCUGUGCCUCUGCUGGGCAAAUGUGACGUCUCCCCAUGCUGACUGAACUGUCGAAUGGUGAUCUGUGGAGGUGAUGGUUUUUUUCCAAUUUAGAACUGGAAUAAAGAUUUUACAUCUUG